CUAACCACUUGAUAUAUACAAGUUCAACAAGAGUUGAUCAGUCUGAAUUGCGUGAAUAUCCAACAUUUUCUUUAUAUAACACUGAACUGUAAAGUCUGAUCAAUACGCAGUUGAACAAACCCACUGCUGAUUCUCAUUUUUCCUCCUUCUUUUUCCUACUCGAUCAUCACGACAUGGAGGACUUGCACAAGCACAACAAAGUCCAACCACACCUGGUUCUGCUAUCCAGCCCAGGUUUGGGCCACCUCAUCCCCAUCAUCGAGCUCGGCAAGCGCUUCCUCCGUCACCCCAACUUCAAAGUCACCAUCCUCGCCGUCACUUCCCAAACCUCCGACGCCGAAGCCGAGGUCCUCAGAUCAUCCCUCUGCGACAUCAUUAAUAUACCAGCCCCGGACAUCCCUGUCCUCACUGGAGCCACCGUCGUCACUCGCCUCUGCGUGACGAUGCGUGCCGCCGUGCCCGCCAUCCGAGCGGCGCUCUCCAGCAUGCAACUCCGUCCCUCCGCAUUCAUUGUUGACAUUUUCGGGACAGAUUCUCUGCCCGUCGCUGUAGAACUCAACAUCCCGAAAUUCGUCUAUGUGGCCUCACACGCUUGGUUUCUGUCGCUGGUCGUGUACUUGCCCGUGCUGGAUGAAAUAAUUGAAGGACAAUACGUGGAUCAGAAAGAACCUCUUAAAAUACCUGGGUCAAGCCCGGUUCGACCGGAGGACGUUUUUGACCCAAUGCUGGACCGGAACGACAUGCAGUACUCGGAGUGUCUAACACUAGGAAAAGCAAUUCCGAGAAGCGACGGCGUUUUGGUCAAUACGUGGGAGGAGCUUCAGUGUAGAGACCUUGAGGCACUAAGAGACCAAAAUUUAAUGGUCUUGAAGGUCCCGGUCUAUGCGGUGGGACCCAUCAUGAGGGAACCCGAUUCGGAAACGGGUUGGGAUUCCGGGUGGGUUGUGCAGUGGUUGGACAAACAGCCGAGGGAGUCGGUGGUUUACGUGUCGUUUGGAAGCGGAGGAACAAUGUCGUUUGAGCAGAUGAGGGAGAUAGCGUUCGGUUUGGAAUUGAGUGAGCAGAGGUUUGUUUGGGUGGUGCGCGCGCCCACGGAACGAGCUGCAGACGCGGCGUUUUUCACGACAGGGCGUGGAAGUAGUGAUGGUUGGAGUGGUGUGUUGCCAGAAGGUUUUGUUGAGAGGACGCGAGAAGUGGGGUUGUUAGUUCCGCAGUGGGCCCCACAGGCAACAAUUUUAAAGCACCGCUCGGUAGGUGCAUUCUUGUCGCACUGUGGGUGGGGUUCGACGUUGGAGAGCGUGACAAAUGGCGUGCCGAUGAUUGCGUGGCCGCUGUAUGCGGAGCAAAGGAUGAACGCGACGUUGUUGGCGGAGGAGCUGGGUGUGGCAGUGCGGACGAAGGUGCUACCCACGAAGAAGGUGGUGGCGAGGGAGGAGGUAGCGGGCAUGGUGAAAGAUAUUAUCGGAAGGAGCAACGCCGUGGCGGACAGAGUUAGAGAGAUCAAGCGUAGCGCUGAAAAAGCUUUGUCGCCAGGUGGUUCAUCCAAUGUCGCGCUAGCUCAAGUAGCGAAAAUGAUCGAAGGAUGAAGAGAUAAAGUGCAUGAGGGCCAACAUACCGUCUUAUUCAGCUAGACUUUAUAUCAAGAAGGAAAAAAAAACUUCAAGAAGGAAAUAAAAAAACGAAAGGUACGAAUAAGAAGAUAUGAACUUAUAUUCCAUCUUGUUUAUUCACUUUUGUUUAUUAUUUUUUUCUAUUGGUGUUUGUUGUGGUACCUUAAUUUAGAUCAAGGCGUGACACCUAAAUUGAUGUUUACCAAUAAACAUACAUGCUCUGAUUGUGUCAACGUUCGUAUUCAUAUAUUUGUAUUAAUAUUUUUUAUAAAUAUUAAUUAUUUUAUCAAUA